AUGAGCUCACAUCUCGUUCGAAACGGCUCAACUGUGACCCGGAGUCAACACCAACUGCUGCCCCACGACGUGAAAUUAGAAGAAGAGGAGCUCCCAGAUUAUAAUUCCGAAGAUUUCUACCCAGUCAGACUGGGAGAUGUGUUCAAAUCUAGAUAUCAAGUCAUCGCGAAGCUAGGGUUUGGAGUGGGCUCGAGUGUAUGGCUCUGCCGGGACUUGAAGUUCGGUGACUACCUAACUCUGAAAGUCUGCACCUGCAGACAGGAAGCUGGUGUCGCUGCCCAGUCUACCAAUGAAGUGGCUGUAGCGAGACAUAUUCGAGCCGCUGAUGUUGAACAUCCCGGUGAAAGAUACCUCCGACUCAUAAUCAGAGAGUUCACCAUCUAUGGGCCUGGGGGGGAACACAGAUGCCUACUCUAUACGCCUCAGGGGAUGACUUAUACUGAGUUCCGCAAUUCACAGCCAGAUCGCAUGCUGGAUAAGGCACUGCUCCAGCAGACUUACCAGUUAAUCCUGAUUGGUCUAGAUCUUCUGCACCAAUUGAGCGUGGUACAUACAGAUAUCUCGCCUAACAAUAUCCUUUUAGGUGCCCGGAGCCCCUCUGUGUUUUCCAAAAUCGAGCAAUCUGAGUUAGAGCAUCCUAGCGCUCGCAAAGUCCUUCGGGACCGGACCAUCUAUCGGUCCCAUUCUAUGCCCAUAACCGAUGGCACGCCAGUUCUUUGUGACUUUGGAGGGGCUAGGAUUGGCGAAAGGAAGCAUCUGGGCGAUGUGAUGCCUGACUUCUAUCGUGCACCGGAGGUGAUACUAGGGAUGGAAUGGGACUACAAGAUUGACAUCUGGUCAAUUGGAGUCAUGGUAUGGGAUUUAUUUGAAGGCGGUCGCCUUUUUUAUGCCCUUAAAAACCGCAUUCUGGAUGAUGAGCAACAUCUUGCUGAGAUGGUUGCCCUCAUGGGGCCUCCCCCACAGAGCUUCCUUCAACGGAGUGAGAAAUGCCGCAAGUACUGGGAUGAUGAAGGACAGUGGAUUGCGGCAACGCCCAUUCCCGAGCAGUCGCUUGACACGAGAGAGUGGCGUCUGGAAGGUGAGGACCACAGGCUGUUGUUGGAUUUUCUCAGCAAAAUAUUCAGGUGGCUCCCUGAAGAACGUGCUUCAGCACAGGAGUUAACAUCCCAUCCAUUCCUGAUGCAGCCGAGAAGUACAAAGACAUCCUGAAACCGAAUACUGUCAAAGUUGCUAUGAAGUAGGCAUGUCAGCAAAGCAGUCAUUACAUCUCCCUUAUAUACCUGAGCAUGGAGGAUGAGCAUCCAAGCCAAAAUGAUGCUGCAACACACUAUUCCACAUUCAAACCUGACAAGGCUGACAAUGUUAUUGCAUCAAAACAUUGCUACCAGCAACAUACAAAAGCCGACAUAUGCAUUUAUGGCAUUCAAAUAGCAUUGAUGGAAUCUUAUCUCAUGUUCUGUCUCUGUUAUUGUUAGAGUUAUGUGUUUCUUGCCGUCUAUUAUAUGUUGGGGGAUCUGUUUUCAUGUUGUCCUUUUGUGUCGGGAGAGCUGUGACAUCAUUGAGUGUUGAUCCGACUAGACGCUAGAGUCAAAACAGCAAAGCUUAUCGACUAUUUUCUGUGAG